GGGUGACUGACGGGAGGCUAGGGAAGCUGGCGAAUCCACGUGGCCACACUAAUCUGUGUCUGACCCACAUAGCUGGUGUUCAUUUGCUAUGUUGACGUGUUAGGGAGGUUUAAAGAUAGCUUAUAACGAUACUGAAGGUGAAUACCGAUGUGGCAUUAAUUAGAUUAGGAUGGACUUAGAACAGCAAACCAGCCCACACUUACUACAUCUAUACCCUGUAUCUUCACCGAGAAUAAGACAUAUCAGGGAAGAAGAAAGGCUUCUAUCUAUGUAGUUCUGCAUACUAUCAGUUUAUCAGAUGAAUGAGCUUUUAUCAGUUGCCACCCCUGUUUAUCAGUUACCUGACAAGAGAGAGAGAGUACGGUGUCCUCAGAGUGCAUGAUGGCUCACCCUCCCCAGCUGUGUGAUCUCAAGGCAAAGAUUAGCAAGGAAGAGCAAAACGCUGGUCCUGUCUGUAUUCUGGACAUGACAGUGACAAAGGAUUCAGAGAAGCAUGAGGUGGAGGAGUGCCAACUGAGGCUGAGUCCUGAGGUCCUCACCGCUGCUAUUGAUUCACUGCUAAAAGUGCGGUCACAGCUGGAUGCCAUUGCACAGAAGACCAAGGCAUGAACUGAUACAGAAAGGAGGGAAUGUGUUUAACUUUCUUAAUUUUAUCAAUGUUUGAUUUCAAGAUGUAACAUUAUACAUUUUAGUGAGUUCCAAGAAUGGUGAUCUUGUGUGUUCAUAUACUGAUUAUGUGCCUGUCAUUUAUUGAAUUGGUUGCAUAAUAUGUGUGGAAAACAAAUUAAGUAAGAAUUUCAACAGUAUGAUAAUUUUGUGUGGAAAAAUAAACAUUGAAUCUUCUGAAAAUGAAGUGAAAGCAGCAGAGAAAUAAAAGAUAAAGAAUUGCAACAAAAAGCUAAGAAAAAAAUGAGCAACAGCAACAUGGAAGCCUUUGAGGCCAAGGACGGCUUCUCCUUUCGGCCACAGCGACAGAAGAGGGAGACACCAAUUUCACCUCCCAGACAGCAACAGCAUCACCAUCACCACAACAAGAGAAGAACACCUAAUCUACACCACAACAUGGGGAGUGAAGUAAAAAGAUAUCCACUCCUGGAGUAUACAGAUGUUGUGCAGGUCCAGAUGGAAGCUCAAGAUCACUUUAAAAAGAGCUUCACUUUCUCUCCUCCUUCAGCAGGAUGGAAGCUUCCUUCUCCACACACUAUGUACACUGCUCCCAUUUGGCAGAAAGAGGAGUUGCAGGCAAUGAAAGCAUCGCUCAACACAGUGAAGCAGCAGCUUGGCACCAAAGAUGUGGCAGUGUGGCAUGCACACACCACCAACACCAACCCUAGCCAGCGAGUGUGUCAUACCAUCAAGAGACAUGCACAUCCAGAGAUGCUUACGCAGGCUUGGCUCAAGUUUUAUGAGAUAGUGAAUGGCUACCCUAUAGUUCCUGCUGAAGAGGAAGGGAAUGUGAGAGAGAUAUCCCUUAAUCCCACCAUGGAGGAGGAAAGCAGGGCACCCUUUUCUUCAGUGCACUUAUGCGAGGCUCCAGGAGCAUUCAUCUCAGCUCUGAACCACUACCUGAUACUCAAUCAUCCUAACCUCAAGUGGCAGUGGUUGGGCAGCACACUCAACCCUUAUUAUGAGGACAUCCCAUUGUCUCGGUGUGUGGUGGAUGACCGGCUUAUUGUUCACACACUUGAAAACUGGUGCUUUGGGACUGACAAUACUGGUGAUCUGACCAAACAGAGCAACCUGUGUGACCUGAUGAGGCGAGCAGAGCAGCUGGGAUCUGUGAAACUGGUCACAGCUGAUGGAAGUUUUGACUGUCAGGCUGAUCCAGCAGAACAAGAGAAAAUGACUCACCCUUUGCAUCUGUGUGAGGCAGUGGCAGGUUUGUCCAUCCUGGCACCAGGUGGUUCAUUAGUGCUGAAAAAAUUCACACUAUUUGAGAGUGAGACUGUGUGCCUUAUGUAUCUUUUGUGCUGUGUGUUUGAAGAUGUACAUGUGUACAAGCCAGCUACCAGCAAGCAAGGCAAUUCAGAAGUGUAUAUCAUUGCCCUUAACUACUGUGGACAGGACCACUUCAGGGAACAUCUAGAGAAAAUUGUGGCAGCUGCCUGGUGUAGCCACCAGGUGCUGUUUACAAUGUUCCAGGAGGAGAUGAUACCUGAAGAUUUCAUGGAGCAGGUGAAGGAGUGUUCAUCCAAGUUCAUGGCCUACCAAACACAGUCUAUAAAACGUAACUUGUUACUCUUUGAAGACAUGUCAGAGAAACAGAAACAGCUGAAUGAGCUGCUUAAGGCAAAGGCUACAACACUCUUCUUUGAAAGGAACUAUUGUGCCCCAAUACCCAAAUGGCAGACACUCACGCAUGGACUUGCCAAUCAAUCAAGAAAGUUGCUAGAGAGUGACUGGAAUAAAGUAUCAAGUUCCUUGCUGAUGAGAAGCCACAGCCUCUCAUCUAAACUUGAGGUCCUUACCAACUUCCUUAAUAAGUUUACUGAGGACUUUGUUGAUAGUGGUAAGGCAAUAGACAAGGAAAAAGAAUAUAGUGUGUCGUCUUUCAUUCCACAAGAUGUGCUGGAACUUAAGCUUGAAGUAGUUCAUGGAAAGCCUCUGCAGUGCAUCGAAUCAUCCAAGUUUUGCUCUGAACGAAUACUGAGGUUGACCCGGGAACUGCAAGUUUUAUGGGAGACAAAGACUACCACCAGCAAGGUAUUGGAGCUGGAUGAAUCUCUUGCUGCCUCUGUGUUGACCUGCCACCCAAGGGCCACCCUAGUAAGAGGUGAGGGAACCCUUAGGCUGCAUCCAGGUUGCCAGGCACUGGAGCAGGUGGCAAGGCUGCUGGAAGGAGAACUGGCUGCUGGGGCAUCUCUGUUGGUAGUGGGUGCUCCACUACUCUCCCGCUUGCAGUAUGGUCUUUUUCUUGCCCUUGCCUCUACUUUCAGAGAAGUGUUUGUGUACAGGAGCUGUAAAGUUGGCAACAAGUUGCCCAUUGUGGUAUUGGAAGGCUUAAGGUCCAGGGAAGCAGCAAUGGCAGUGGUGGAGUGGCUGCAGAGAGCAGGAUGGGACAGAAUGGGUGAGGGUGGGCAUGGGAAGGGCCUCCUGCAGGUGGUGGCACUUCAAAGCUUGUUGCAGGAUCAACCUUUAAUGAACAUUUACCACUAUAAUGUACAUUUGUGUGCUCACCUUGCUCAGCUGCUGCUCUUGAGUAUUACAUCACCAGCAGAAAACUAAUGAAAAGUAAAUUAGAAGCAGCAUAAGAUUGUAAAAUAUUUUAAAUGUAAUUUUUAAAAAAUAUUCAAAGUUAUAUAUCAAGAAGUUUUGAUGUUUUGUGAAUAAUUUAUAACUAUUGACAUAUAACAAUAAAGAAUUUUCAUGA